GCUGUUUUUAGCUCCAGCAACUCAGUGAGACCUCAGCAAAGAUUGUUAAUGACUUUUUUUGCUAUGCAGUAUCUCUGAGAUCAUUACAAACUUGUGCACUUUUAUUUCUUGGAUGCACAGUGGAUUAUUUUGCUUUUGGAUGAGUUGCUCUUCACUGCCUUCAAGGUAAAGCACUUCAGUACUUUUGCUCAACAGAAGCAUAGGACUAAAACAUUUUUUUUUAAGCUCUCCCUGCUACAAGGAACAUUUCACUUCAGUUUUUAGUGGCUGGGCUUUGUCGCCGGAAAUGACUGCAGUGGCUGAAGUUCCUCAUAGCCUGAACACAGAACUGCCUUCUAGCUUGUUGCACUGAGGAAACACUUCAUAGCAUACGGUGACUUUUUGCACUGGGAAGUAUGCAGAACCCAAGUGCACAUGAAAACACAGACUUGCAGCCCAGGGUGCGUCAUGAGGAGCAGAAUUAUGGAGCUACUGCAGCACGUGUGAGACGAGGUCCACGUGUGCCACUGUCAAGGAACAGUCCAUCAAAGAGAGAUUACCUGAUAGUUGGUGUGCUGUGCUAUGCAAACCUAAUAAAUUUCAUGGAUUGGUUUAUUGUACCAGGGAUCCUGUUAGAUAUACAGAAAUACUUUGCACUUAAUGAUGGGACUGCAGGCCUACUGCAAACAGUUUUCGUCUUGUGUUACAUGCUGGCUGCUCCCUUCUUCGGAUACCUUGGUGACCGAUACAACAGGAAAGUCAUCCUUGGAGCUGGUAUUUUCUUCUGGUCUGCUGUAACAUUAGGAACUUCAUUCAUCAGUAAAUCAUAUUGCUGGAUAUUCUUUCUUUCACGAGGACUGGUUGGCAUUGGCACAGCCAGUUAUUCCACAGUAGCUCCUACCAUCAUUGCAGAUCGGUUUGAUGAGGGAAAAAGGACCACGAUGUUGUCUGUCUUCUAUAUCUGCAUUCCAGUGGGAAGUGGUCUUGGUUACGUCUUGGCAUCCAGCAUGGAACAUGUCACAGGUGACUGGCACUGGGCCUUCAGGGUUACUCCUUGCAUGGGAGGUUUAGCUCUGGUUCUUCUGAUUCUGCUGGUCCCUCACAGGAUCCAGAGGAGGACAGAGGCACACAGAGCACUGAGCAUCCACGGCUCUUUACGAGUAGCAGCCGAAAAACCUGGUGCACAAGGAGCUGCCAAGACUUCUUGGUGUCAAGAUGUCACAUCGCUUGGCAAGAACUGGAGCUUUGUCUGGUCCUCGCUGGGUCUGACUGCCAUGGCCUUCGUCACUGGAGCGCUGGGGCUGUGGGUACCAGUGUUCCUUUACAGGGCUCAGGUUGCCCUGGGCAUUGUGCAGCAGUGCCUGGAAAAAUCAUGCAAUUCAUCUAACAGCCUAAUAUUUGGAGGCAUCACCAUCGGGACGGGAAUCCUGGGUGUCAUUGCUGGGGCAGAAGCUGCAAGAAGACUAAGGAAAACCAACAGCAGAGCUGAUCCUCUGAUCUGUGCUACAAGCAUGCUUGUUUCUUCCCUGUGCCUCUACAUAGCAAUCAUGGUGGCCCAGAAGAACAUCCUUUCCACUUUUAUUUUUAUUGCAUUUGGAGAAUUAUUUUUAUCUGUCAACUGGGCUGUUGUGACAGACAUACUGUUGUAUGUCGUGACACCAAGACGGCAGUCUACAGCUAUUGCCCUGCAGAUCUUGGUGAGCCACUUGCUGGGAGAUGCAGGCAGCCCAUACCUUAUUGGGAUGAUCUCCAAUGCUAUUCAAGCCAAGAAAGAUCAGUCACUCCAGUGGAGUUUCUGCAGCCUGCAGUACAGCUUCCUCAUCUGUGUUUUUGUUGGUGUCUUUGGAGGAGGUUUUUUCCUCCUGACAUCUUUCUACAUCGAGGAAGAUCGUAAGGAAGCAGAGCAGCUUUGAUGUUCCUAUGUAUCCUUUAAACCUGUAUCUGAUUUUUUUUCUCUGAUGUAUGCAAGCCAUGAUACUGACUCUGUAAAGUUAAAACACAAACUUCUGUGCUAUGGUAAUGCUACAAUAGUUUCUAUAAAUAAAAAAAAAGCAAAAUCCCACCAAAGCCUCAGAUUAAACAAAUCUCUCAUAUUGAGUAAAACACUUCACAGAACACACGAAGACCACAGGAGUGCUGUUAAUGACCCCUUAAAUGCUACAGAAUACGGAGUAACAGAAGAGCUUUACAGCAGAUAAGGCACCACUGAAGCCUCCAUGAAAGCUGAGGUUCUUGCUCCACUCAGGUCUGUGCUGCCUGCUAGAACCCUAACUGUCUUUCUGUAAUACUUCUCCCUCUCCCCUGAAAGAAGUCACAUUCAAAGUGUGAAAGACUUAAAGAAGAUCUGUUGAACUGGACAGAACCCUGCCCUUAAUUGCCUGGGUUCUUACAGCUUCCUUCUGCUCUGACUUGCCAUAAAUUAAUGCUGCCUUUCAAGUGAACUCCAGGCCAAGAUUUGCAAAGAAGAAGAAAAUAAAGUCCUCCUCUUUUUCUUUCCCUUUUGCCUAAUGAGAUACAGCUAGAGAAAAAUCCAAAUAACCAUUUCUCCAUAUGGCAGAAAGUCCUGCAUGCUGACUUUUUGGACACUGCUGACUAUGAGUAAAAAAUUACUGCUGAAUCAGCAUAUGGCAACCCUUCCUCAAUCUGCAAACACAGGCAUGAGCAUUCUGUGGAACUGGAGGCUCCAGGAGGUGUAGGGCUGUCCCAGGCAUGACUGUUAACCUAACCAAGACAAUAGAAUUUCAGGCAGAAUGUCUUGUGAAAAUAUGGAGACGAUGCCCACAAUUCCUCAGCAGGUUGAGAUUAGCCUAUAGAAUUUGGAAGAUAAGGACAGACUAAAAUGUGUUUUCAGUUGUCUGAAAUGACUGAGUGAAGCAGACUGUCAAAGUCAGUGUCAUGUUCAAGAGUGGGGGGUUGUGGCCAAUCUAUAUGUACAUUCUGACUUUGGCAGGGAUAGAAUUAGUUUUCUUUGUAAUAUGGUGCUGUGUUUUGGAUUCUGUAUGAAAACAGCAUUGAUAACAGUGAUGUUUUAGUUGUUACUGAGCAGUGCAGAGUAACCGUUCAAGGACUUUUCAGCUUCUUGUGCUGCUCUGGCAAUGAGUGAGCUGGAGGUGAAUGAGAGGCUAGAAGGGAACAGAAGCAGAGCAGCUGACCCAAACUGACCACAGAAACGUGUGACAUCAUAGAGAACAACAAAACUUGGGGGGAGUUGGCUGGGAAAUCGUUUGGCUGGUAGUGAGCAAUUGCAUUGUGCAUCACUUUAUUAAACUGUCCUCAUCUCAACCCAUGAGUUCUCACACUUUUCACCCCUUUCAGUUUUCUCCCUGAUUACACUGUGGGGGAAUGCACUGAUGGCUGUGUGGUGCUUAGCUCCCCCCUGGGUUAAACCACAACAAUUUCAUAUGUUAAAUGGUCUGUAAUCCUUUAUAAUCCUUUGAGGCUCUUCAGCAUAUCCUCAAGCUUUGGGUAAGUAUCUCCUCAUAUGAGUGAAUAGAGGUAGCUGUAAAAUCACAUAAAUAUAACUGUCCAUUUGAAGUCUUAUCUCUAAAGAGCAUAAGAAAUCGGUCGUGGUAUCUAUGGUCAGAAUAUUACACCAGGUGCCAAAUAUGACAUGAUUAAUGUGGCCAGCUUCCAUUGAGGUGUUGUAGUUCCCAGCAGCACCUGAAAGCCAAGCCCUGAGCAAGGGGAUUGUGAAGCACUGUGAAUCUUACCUGUUUCUCCCAGUAAGUUGCUGGGAUCAUAAAGCAUAACAUUCCUGUAAUGACAGUGAAUAUUGAAUGCCAUUACAAAUACAUAAUUCAGUGGCUGUGGGUUUUCUCUUUUUCCUCAUUCCCUGUUUCCCUCUCAUCUUUCUGGCAUCUGUUCUGAAACCAAACUUUAAAAGUAGUUAUUGAAUUUGGCCAGAUCUUAUGUCAUUAUGGGAAAUCAUAAAUGUUUUUCUGAUACUCAAAGUGAAAUAGUUGUCCUUAAAAUUAAACUUGGUAUUCUUGAAGAUGCAGCAACUCUGGUUGUAAAAGCUAGCCAACCACUGCCUUUCUGGAAUUUCAUGUGCUGCCACAGAACCCAUUUCCAGCAAGGGAUUCCUAGUACUGGAUGUACUAAGAUGAAUGUAGAAAGUCUAAAAAAGGUACUUUAAAGCCCUCUGAACUCACUGCACACUUGAGACUGGACUUGCUUGAGCUGAGAUACAUUUGCUGUGCUGUUACUGAACCACAGGUGUGUAGCAGUUUGCUGGAGCCAAAUGGGCACUCAUCAGAGGGAAUCAUUGAGCACUAGCAGGGAAAUCUCUGGCCGAAGAUUUAAGGACUGUCAGCUUCAACCCCCUGCUGAGCCUGGACUAAUACACUUCUCCAGCCUUUGGGGUUCUAUUGCUGUUAGAAAAAACAGGGAUGACACUGACCCAUCUUAGUGAAAUAAUACCAAAAUAACCAUAUUCUGGUUUGGGAUUGUUGGCCAAAGUCCUCUUGUCAGUUUCUUGGGAAGCCAGAGCUACUGGCAUUAGCCCAGGAAUAGUACAAGUUUGAAUAGCAGAUAGACUUGCAAAGCUAAGAACAGUGCAGAGUAAAUCAAACACAAAAUAGUUAGAAUGACAACCGGCAGAAGUAUGAUGGAAAUGCAAGUGCUAUGAAUAAUUAGCCACCUCUGACCCAGGAAAACACUGCCUUCCUUUGCAGCAGCACAAAACUGAUUGCAAACGGUGUUGGGGAGGAAAAUAAAGCUAUUCACUCUGUCUUCCUCUCAUCAGAAAAAUUCAUUUCCUUUCUACUAUUGAGCAAUGAAAUAUACCUGAUUGGAUCUGGUGAGACAACUUCACAUGGAAGAUAUGGGAUGUGCUGAAGCUAAAGGUGAUCCUUUAGCUGGAGGGGGGAAUGCAUGUAUAUCUCCUAUUUUAAUAAAGAAUUAAAUCCCUUAAAAGAAUAAUGUUUUCUUGGACAUUUGCUUGCAUGCAUAGAAGCAGUUUGCAUGUACUUUUCCCUUCGUGUACUGCUUGUUGCUGGCUACAUUGGAAUUAACUGGCAGAGCCAGUUAAGAAGCCAGAGAAGAAAGUAAGAUGGAAAAGCUGUGGUGUGACAGCUAAUCUGGUUUUGUACAUGUCUUAAGUGAUAGCUCACAGGUGAG